GGAAAAAUAAUAUUUUAAGAAAAGAUCUUCUCGAAUAUGGAGAAAAACAGAAAGAUUCUGACUACCAGUUCUGGUAUGCCUAUUGAUAACAACCAGUUCUCACAGACUGCUGGAGCUAAAGGUCCAGUCCUAAUUCAGGACUUUGCUCUAGUAGAUAAGCUAGCCAAAUUUGAUAGAGAGAGAAUUCCAGAAAGAGUUGUACAUGCCAAGGGUGCUGGUGCUCAUGGAUAUUUCGUUGUUACUAAUGAUGUCACUAAAUAUACCAAGGCUAACUUUCUCAGUGAAGUAGGUAAGCAAACCCCAGUCUUCACUAGGUUCUCCACUGUUGCAGGAGAAAGAGGAUAUGCUGACACUGAUAGAGAUCCAAGAGGCUUUGCUAUCAAGUUCUAUACUGAAGAAGGAAAUUAUGAUAUGGUUGGAAAUAAUACUCCAGUCUUCUUCAUCAGAGACCCAAUGAAAUUCCCAGACUUUAUUCAUACACAAAAGAGAGAUCCCAAGACUGGCCUUAGAAGCUCUCAAGCUGGGUGGGACUUCUGGGUCCAGCAGCCAGAAGCUUUUCAUCAAUUGACAGUUCUAUUCUCGAACAGAGGAACUCCAGAUGGAUUCAGACAUAUGAAUGGUUACUCUUCACAUGCUUAUAAAUGGGUAAAUGCUGAUGGAGAUGAGCACUAUGUCCAAUAUCAUUUCAAGACUGACCAAGGUAUCAAGAACUUCACAGGAGAGGAAGCCACUAAGAUGAAAUCAGUGAAUCCGGACUAUGCUACAGAAGACCUACAUAAUGCCAUUGAAAAUGGAGAUCCCCCAAGUUGGACCUGGUAUGUUCAAUUGAUGCCAGUCGUUGAUGCUGAGACUUACAAGUUUGAUGUCACAGACAUCACCAAAGUAUGGCCUCAUAGUGAUUACCCACUAAUUGAAGUCGGAAAAAUGGUGUUGAACAGGAACCCAGACAAUUUCUUUGCUGAGACUGAACAAUCAGCUUUUGCUCCAACACACAUGGUUCCAGGGAUUGAGCCAUCAAAUGAUAGAAUGCUCCAGGGAAGACUCUUCUCUUACCCAGAUACCCACAGACAUAGAUUAGGUGCGAACUACGAUCAAAUUCCAAUUAACUGCCCAUACAGAGCAAGGGCUGCCCACUAUCAAAGAGAUGGACCCUCUACGGUUACCUCUAACUUCGGUGGUCUACCAAACUACGAGCCAAACACCUUGGGAGGGCCAGUGGCUGAUCCAAAGGCUGCUUGGAGCACCCCAGAAGUAACUGGAAAGGUUGGAAGACAUGACUUUGGAACUCCAGAUGACUUUGUUCAGCCAAGAGCCCUCUACAAAAAUGUAAUGACAGAAGAAGACAGAGAGCACUUGAUCAAGAACACUGCUGAUCACAUGAUGAGCGUGACCAAAGAUAUCAAGGAGAAGGCUGUCAAAAUUUAUUGGCAGAUCGAUCCAGACUAUGGAGAAAGAAUUGCUAAAGCUGUUGGUGUCGAUGUCCCAAAGAUGGCAAAGAUAUAAUCCGUGCUUCAUUAAUAAAUUCUUGCCUCAAUUAUUAGUUA